AUGGAUUGCGAGGAACCUCUUUCGAGUUUCGAGUUACAAGUUUCGAAUCCUCAAAUUAGUCAACGACUAGUGAACCUCCGGGAGUCGAUUCGCAACCAAACCGACGUCGCUCUAGGGAUCACGAAGCAGCUACUGCUGAACGAAGGCAAGGACUCCAACGUUGUGUUCUCGCCAUCGUCAAUCAACGUGUUGCUAAGCUUGAUGGCGGCGGGGUCUAACGGCGCCACCUUGGACGAGUUGCUCUGCUUCUUGAAGUCAAAGUCCAACGACCAGCUUCAGUCCUUAGCUUCCAAGCUCAUAGUCGUGGUCUUCGGGAACGGCGAACCCAUGGGCGGGCCCUGCCUGUCCUUCGCCACUGGGGUUUGGGUCGACGGGUCUCUGUCUCUCAAGCCUUCUUUCAAACAGGUUGUAGACAAUGCCUAUAAGGCGGCUUUGGAUCAGGUUGAUUUUCGGACCAAGGGUGAUGAAGUGAGAAGUGAAGUGAAUUCAUGGGCUGAGAAGGAGACUAGUGGCCUUAUCAAAGAGGUUCUUCCUCCUGGGUCUGUUGACAACGAAACCAGGUUUGUCCUUGCUAAUGCACUAUACUUUAAAGGAACUUGGAACCAGAAGUUUGAUGCAUCAGCAACAAAAGAAUAUGAUUUCUACCUUCUAAAUGGGUGCUCAGUUCAAGUGCCUUUCAUGACUAGCAAAAAGAAGCAGGUUGCCCGAGCUUUUGAUGGUUUCAAAGUCCUUAGACACCAUUAUAAGCGAGGUGUGGAUGAGCGCUUCUUUUCCUUGUACUUCUUUCUUCCAGAUGCAAAAGACGGGUUGCCAUCUUUGGUAGAAAAAGUGUGUUCUGAAUCUAGCUUCUUAUAUCGCCACCUUCCACAUCAAGAAAUAGAGUUGGGUGUCUUCAGGAUCCCAAAGUUUAAGAUUUCUUUUGGGUUUGAAGCUUCCAAUGUUCUUAAGGGAUUAGGACUAGUACUUCCUUUCUGUGCUACUGGAAAUUUGACAGAAAUGGUCGACUCACAAGUAGGCCAGGAGCUAUACGUUUCAGGCAUAUUUCAUAAAUCCUUCAUAGAAGUUAAUGAAGAAGGCACAGGAGCUGCAGCUAUCUCAGCCACCGGUAACCAGCGACGUAGCGUGCACCGCAUUGAAAAAAUAGACUUUGUUGCUGACCACCCAUUUUUGUUCUUGAUCAGAGAAGAUAGGAGUGGCAUGAUACUAUUCGUUGGACAUGUGCUCAAUCCUAUUGCAAUUCCACCAGCACCUGCCAAACAAAACGAGUCGAAUCUUCCACAUGUUGUAAUUCCACUUCCACCGGCAAAACACAUUGAGAGGGAGAGAUUCUUUCAGGAAAAGAAGAUGGAUGGUUUUGGUCUGAGUGGCCAUGUGAGAGGCCACUCAUUAGACAGUCUUACGACCACUAGCUCACGCAGAGGAACCACAGAUUUCAGUGACUGA